AUGUCAUACCGUGCCUUCCUUCUGGUCACAAUUCUAGCCAAUGAGAUAUUGGCGUGGCCAGAUGGAGCCCCUUGUAUUCAUGCCGCCUUCGAAAGCAUGAAUCCAUUAGAGGCAGUGGAACAUCAGGGCGGACUUCAGGUGAGGAAAAGCUUAAAAUAUAGUUUAAAAAUGAUCAAAAAUCGUAAUUUUUGAAAUUUAAAAAUUUUGGCGUUAAGAAGUAUUGGCACUUAUUAAUUAAGGUGGGGGUGGGGGGGGAGGGUUAAAAUUGGCGGACGGGCUUAUUUUUGAAGUCCAACCUAGGCCCAAACCCCAACGUUUAAGCUCGGUCAGUUUUUAUUUUCUUUUGCUUGGGCCGGUCUGGUCAGAAAAAUUCUAGGCCCGGCCUGGCUCAACUCUCAAGCCAAACCCACGUUUGAAGCCUGGUCCAAGCUCAAAGCCCAACGUUUGGACCCGGCUUUUUUACAUUUUUUCUCAAACCGGCUCAGCCUUGUCCAAAAAAAUGUAGGUUUUGCCUAAUUUAACCCGCGGGUCGGGCCCGCCUUUCAGGCGCACCGUAUAAAAUAUUCUAGGUCCGACCUGGCUCGAUCCGUGAGCCAAUCCAAAUUUUUAAGCCCGGCCCGAAAAAAUCCGCACGUAAAAAAUUUUUACCGGGUCAAGUCGGCCUGAUUACUAGAGCUAGAGCUAUAGGUAAAAAUGAAAACAGGUCGGGCCUCAAAAGAGGUCUCGGCGAGUUUCAUACCCUUAGGCUGGUCUGGCGGGCUUUCUUUCAAGUCUAUUAUACAAUAUCUUCGUUACAGAAGUGCUCAUUAUAUACAAAAGAUGGGGAUAAAUGUAUUGUGUACUAAACUUAUUUGUUAUGUUUUAGCUCUCCCCGCCACCGUUCACAAUAGACACGGAGCAAAAGUGUUAUUGGAGAAAUCAACCGGUUCAGAGUGAGUUUUCUAAAACUUUUCUUUUGUAAAAUACGGCCAUCCUUUUGAUUUCACCAAAUUUUAAAUUUUCAAAUGUUUUUUUAAACUUGUAAAAUUUUUUUUCAAAAUUGUAAAAUACGGUUUCUCGACAUAGAAGAACAAUAUAAUCUAUGAUAUGUUUCAGUAACUCUACGAGGAAACACAACAGAAGAAUUCAAAGGAUUUGCGAUCCAACCGUUCGUCUGGAAGGGAUCAAAAGCUGGAAGACGGUAAGUGCUUUAGCCCGGGCUUGAGCUUAAGCUUGAACCAGAACCUGAGCUGGGCUUGGGCCAAAACCUGAGCUUGAGCUUGAACCAGAACCUGAACUUCAGCUUGGGCCCGACCUAAGCUUGAGCUUGAACCAAAACCUAAGCUUGAGCUUGGGCUAGAUCUUGGCCAUCUUUACUCAGUCUUGGCUAGCCUUGGCCAGCUUUAACAAGUCUCUAGCCAGUUUUUGCCUGCCUUAACUAGCCAAAGUAAACAUUAGUCAACUUUAGCAGGCGUAGUUAGCUAUAGUCAGCCUUAGUCAGCCUUAAGCUGUCUCAAUUUACCUUAGCUAGCCUUAGCUAGCUUUAGCUAGCUCUGGUCUGCGGUAGCCCGUCAUAGCCAGUUUAAGCCAACAUUAGCGUAAGCCUUAGCCAGCUUUAGUCAGCCUUAGUCAGCCAAAGACAGCCUGAUCCAUGCUUUAACUUGCUGUAACCAGUCUUAGUCAGCCAAUGCAAGUCUUAGUCGGCCUUAGCCAGUCUUAGCCAACCUUAGCUUUAGCGUUUGUUUUAAUCGGCUGUAGCCAGUCAUAGCCAGCUUUAGUUAUAACCUUAGUUUUAAAGUUAGUCUAGUUUAAGCUUUUUAGCCUUAGCUUUAACUCUGGCCUAUAAGUCUUCAUACAACAAUUGAAGCUUUAUAAACUAAAAUUUCUAGGAUUGGUCAAUUCUUGCGCUUGGAUAACAAUGGCAGUUGGCGACAGCAAUGCUUCAAGAACAAGGAUUCUGUAACGCACAGUCACGACGAAAAGAAGAAGAAGAUGAUGUUGUGGUGGAAGAACGACGAGGACGAUGAGAGUUAUGUUCAGUUCGUGUGAGUGUAAAAUACGACGAUAAGGUCUACUUUUAUAAAUUUUAAAAAAAUUUUAAUUUUUAAAAUUUGAAAAUUUUUAUUUUCAGUGCAACAGUAGUAGUAUCGUUAAAGCAAUUUUGGGUGAAAUCUGUCCUAUCAGCACCAUUACCACCUUGUCGUGUUGAGAAGGAGGUCGCCUUUUAUCAACCACCAGCUGUCACUCAACCACCAGCAGCUGGACAAUUCAAAAUUCAAACCUUCCACAUGUUCAACCAAGGCGAUACAUCGUUCUUGGAACGGUCGCUAUCUAACCAGAAUGUGAGUUAUUCUAGCCCCAGCACAGAACCCUAGUCCAGAGCCCUAGCCCAGAGCUCUAGCCCCAAGUCUUAGCCUAGAGCCCUAGCCCUGAGACCUAGCCCAGAGCCCUAGCCCAGAGCCCUAGCCCAGACUCCUAGCCCUGAGACCUAGCCCAGAGCCCUAGCCCAGAGCCCUAGCCCAGACCCCUAGCCCAGACCCUAGCCCAGAGCCAUAGCUUUAGCUCCAGCACUGGUUCUAGCCCCAAGCCUUAGCCCAAAGCCGUCUUUUUACCCCCCUCCCUCCUUCCUUCCUCCCUCCCUCCCUCCCUCCCUCCCUCCCUCCCUCCCUCCCUCCCUCCCUCCCUCCCUCCCUCCCUCCCUCCCUCCCUCCCUCCCUCCCUCCCUCCCUCCCUCCCUCCCUCCCUCCCUCCCUCCCCCCUCCCUCCCUCCCUCCCUCCCUCCCUCCCUCCCUCCCUCCCUCCCUCCCUCCCUCCCUCCCUCCCCUCCCUCCCUCCCUCCCUCCCUCCCUCCCUCCCUCCCUCCCUCCCUCCCUCCCUCCCUCCCUCCCUCCCUCCCUCCCUCCCUCCCUCCCUCCCUCCCUCCCUCCCUCCCUCCCUCCCUCCCUCCCUCCCUCCCUCCCUCCCUCCCUCCCUCCCUCCCUCCCUCCCUCCCUCCCUCCCUCCCUCCCUCCCUCCCUCCCUCCCUCCCUCCCUCCCUCCCUCCCUCCCUCCCUCCCUCCCUCCCUCCCUCCCUCCCUCCCUCCCUCCCUCCCUCCCUCCCUCCCUCCCUCCCUCCCUCCCUCCCUCCCUCCCUCCCUCCCUCCCUCCCUCCCUCCCUCCCUCCCUCCCUCCCUCCCUCCCUCCCUCCCUCCCUCCCUCCCUCCCUCCCUCCCUCCCUCCCUCCCUCCCUCCCUCCCUCCCUCCCUCCCUCCCUCCCUCCCUCCCUCCCUCCCUCCCUCCCUCCCUCCCUCCCUCCCUCCCUCCCUCCCUCCCUCCCUCCCUCCCUCCCUCCCUCCCUCCCUCCCUAGUUUGUACUUAUUUAAAUAUUUUCAGUUCUUCCGCCCAGCCCCAGCUCGUGUGGCUCCUCUACCACCUCCUCCAACCACCCCAGCUCCGAUUGUAAGACAACCACCACCAGCCAUUAGUCCAGCCCCCUUCACAGCACGACCAUCUCCAGUUGUGCAGCCAAGAAUCUUCACUACUGUGAGUUUUGGCUUUAGUACUAUUUACGGUACUAUUUGAGUACUACAUUAGCCAUAGCCUGAGCCUUACUUUAAGUCUUUAUAAAGGCAGUAGAAAGGCACUUUGAAUUCAAAUAUAGUAACGUUUACCUACAGUAAUUUUAAAAUUAUUUCAGGCCCAGCCAAUCAGACAACCGGUUGUCAACCAACAACGUUUGAGCCAUAUCAGUCCAAACAGCCAGUCCAACAUUGCUCCUGGUAAGUAAAAUAUCCUCACCAAUCAAAAGAUUUAAAAAAUAGCAAAAACUUUCUUUACAAACUAAAAAAUUGCAAGAACUUUCUUACAGAACAAAAAUAGCAAGAACUUUCUUUACAAAACAUGAAAUGGCAAGAACUUUCUUUACAAAACAGAAAAUUGCAAGAACUUUCUUUACAAAACAUAAAACGGCAAGAACUUUCUUUACAGAACAAAAAAUUCUUUAAAAUUUGAAAUUUCAUACCUAAAAACACAUUUCUUUAAAUUUCAGCCCAAGUCUGCCGAGACCAAGAUCAAAGCAACCGUUGUACCCAGUGGGUCAACUUCUGUCGCACUUCAACUUAUAUGCAGACGUUCUGUCGCCGGACCUGCCGCUUCUGUUAA